AUGGUGAAGACUCUUCUAUAUGUCUGUAAUCCAGUAGCAGUCUCUGUGGGGCUUGACUUCAAGAUGAAAGCAGAAGCACAGGAAGCAAAGUAUCCUGGUGAAGAGGAGGGCACAUUCGGUAUUACAAGAGCUGGGAGGCUCCACAAAGGAGGGUUGAGAAGAGCAGAGGCUCUGUCCCAAAAACUCUGGAACCAUAACAUAUUUGAUCAAAAUAACUUUGAUCCACUUCUAAAAUAUCCUCUUGUAACCACCUCAACACAGCAGCACUUGAAGAAGAUCUGUGCCAGUUUCUCCUUCUGUAUGUUUCUGGCAGCUGUAGGGGACUAUUUCCAUGUGGGCACUCAUUUCAUUUGGACUGGUCUCCUGUCUGCCUUGGACUUCCUAGGAUUGAUUUGGCUGAUGGCAGCACCUCAUAGCCAUAAGACUAAACAAAAAAGAUUGGGGCUUCUUGCUGCAUUUGCUUUCCUUACAGGAGUUGGCCUGGGCUCUGCUCUGGAGUUGUGCAUUGCUGUCAAUCCUAGCGUCCUUCCCACUGCAUUCAUGGGCACAGCAGUGAUCUUCACCUGCUUCACCCUGAGUGCACUCUAUGCCAGGCGCCAGAGCUACCUCUUUCUGGGAGAUAUCUUGAUGCGAGCCAUGAGCCUGAUGGUCUUGUCUUCCCUCCGGAACUUUUUCUCUGGAUUUGUUUGGCUUUUCCAGGCAAACCUGUAUAUGGGACUGGUGGUCAUGUGUAGCUUUGUCUUUUUUGCUUAUUUUUGGUACUGGGGACACUGCAUUGAUCUCUUCUUAGAUUUUGUUACACUCUUCAGAAAACUCGUGAUGAUCCUGGCAAUAAAUGAUAAGGAUGAGAAGAAGGAGAUGACCACUUAUUUAGCCUUUCUCAGUUUGGCUUUUCUCUCUCCAUCCCUCAUUUCCUCUUUGCACACAUUUCAGGAGAAUGCCCCAACAGAUAUCAAUGAAGUCCGUGACUCUUUCUCCUACAACAACUGA